AUGGCGUCAUCAGCCGAAGAGACCUUGAGAGCGACGAUGGAGAAGACGCUCCGCAAGUUCCUCGACGGCUACGUCGACGCGAGCACGCACCAAGACGCCACGCUGGUCUCGACGACGCUGACGGCCGAGUGCAAGCGCAAGCUCGCGCCCGACAGCGUCAUGGUGGCGCUGGGCGCGCCGCCGGGGCCAGCCUUAUCCGUCAAGGAAUACGAGCACAUCUACAGCCAGUCGCUGCCCGUGGCCAGAUCGGUCAGCGUCGACGUGACCCACCUCAGCGUCGACACGGGCAGCAAGACCGGGGCCGCGCGGACCGUCUACGUCAACAGGUACAUCGACGGCGAGGAGAUCGUGCUGGACAUGGCCUGGUUCGUCAGCUUCGCCGAGGACGGGGAGAAGGUCUCGGACAUCUUGCAGUACGUCGACGGGCUGGAGUUCGUCAAGUGGGAGGCCAGGGCCAGGGAGUUGUUGGAGAAGCAGAAGUAA